GCAGCUUCUUUAGCGUGUACCCGCGGCAUCGCAAGCUCAUCAGUAUCAAUAAGAGGUUCACGGGAAGGACCAACGCGGAGUUCAACCUCCGCCACGACUGGAAUUCGCUCCUCUCCGAUGACGAUGACCUCCUCUUCAGGCACUUCUCUCAGGACUUCUUCCCUGAGGCGGACACGAUGGUGCAGUACCUGAACGCGUUCGCGAGCCGCUCAGAGCUUCACAUCCGCUACAACACCGCGAUCUGGGACGUGCGUCGGCAGGCGGGCACGCGCGGGAGCCCCGGCUGGGUGUUUUCCAUGCGCGACCAGCACAACCAGGAGUUCGUCUGCAGGUACGUGGUGGCAGCGACUGGCCUGGGCGUCCCCAACUCGCCGUCCUUCCCCGGCUCGGAGCUCGUCGAAGGAUACGAGGACGUAUCGACGGACCCUCGCGUCUUCGAGGGCAAAAAUGUCCUCAUCCUCGGCAGAGGCAAUGCCGCCUUUGAGACGGCCGACGCCAUCUACGGCAGCACCAACAUGGUCCACAUGGUGUCCCGCUCCCGGGCGAGGCUCUCGUGGAACACGCACUACGUGGGAGACCUCAGGGCCAUCAACAACGGGCUCCUGGACACGUACCAACUAAAGUCCUUGGACGGCCUGCUGGAGGCGGGCGUGGAGGACAUGGCGCUCGAGCGACGCGCCGGCCGCAUCUACGUACAGUUCCCGUGGGAGGCCGACUCGCUCAGGCAGAUCCAGGCCAAGAAAGAGCGCGGUGAGGAGAUCCCGACCGAGAACGACUUCGACAACUUCUCGUUACGCGAAGGUUACGACUACGUCAUCCGCUGCCUCGGUUUCAAGUUCGACUUCUCCAUUUUCAACAACUCGUCCAUGCCGAGUAAGUCCAUCAAGAAGACCAAGUACCCGGCCAUCAAGUUCUCGUAUGAAGCCGACCGCAUCCCGGGCCUCUACUUCGCCGGGACGGUCGCGCACUCGCUCGAUUACCGCAAGUCGGCCGGGGGAUUCAUCCACGGAUUCCGAUACACUGGUACGCGCUCUGUCCCGAUUAAGAGGCAGUUACACUUGCUGUGUCUCGGGACGAUUAAAGUGCGCGUGUUGCAUCGGCUGCUGGAGUGGCGCCACGAAGGUCAGAGGUGGCCCGUGACCUCUUACUCGACCCGUGACCUCCUCAACGUCCUUGUCAAGCGAAUCAACGAAGCGUCGGCACCAUACCAGAUGUUCGGCGAACUAGCUGACGUCAUCCUCCUGAGAGACGGCGGCCGGAGGUUCGAGUUCCUGGAGGACUUCCCUGUGCAUCUGCUGGCGCGCCUGGAAGCAGUGACAGGGCGCGAGGCCGGGCCGCUGGUCGUGGUCCUCAUGGAGUACGGCCCGGACUUCUCGGGGCCGGACAAGGACACCUUCCGCGUUGACCGGGCCACAGGGGAUCCCCUGGAGGCGCACCGCUCCAACUUUCUCCACCCAGUUUUCUACUACUACAGUAGUCUCCCAACAGAAUCGGAAAUGCUGCACAAAAUGGGUAAGUCUGCAUUGCCGAAGCCGGAGCGUGUACACCACGUGCUCGAGGACUUCCUGACAGUGUGGACGGCGCAGCAGAGCCACAUCCUGCCUCUGCGUCGUUUCCUUGAGUACGUCACCGGCAGAGACCUUCGUCAUUACAAUGCACACGCGUGUCUUUCCCACUCCUUCACCAACGGCCGCCCACCGCCUCUGUGUCCCCACGGGGGCAGCGUGGGGGGUUGGGCCAUCCAUCCCGUCACGCCCAAGCCUACAGGCCAGGCCCAGGGCGUCACCAGGCCAGCGCGCCCCGCCAACUACACGCUGUGGAGCCGGCCUUCAGUACGCGCCACGCCGCCGUCGCCGCUCGCCGCCGCUGCCACGUCGUGAGCGCCGGGCCUCCAGUCGAGUCCGGCCCUUCCGGUACCUCACGUGGCAUGUAUAUACAAAUAAACUCAGUGAGUUCAACAUUCUCGAACUGGCAAAGGCGACUUUCAAUGGAUUCCAAAGUAUCUCUGAUUUUUCUCAGAGCAGAUUCACACAAACGCAUCAGUCUAUGCGAACGCAUACAUUCACAAAUGCAUGUGUCUUUGCAUACAAUGCACGACAAAAGCCAUCGAUUGUAAAAAUAAGCAGAAAAAUGUUUCGGUUACCUGAAACCUUCAGAAAAAUGGCCAGAGACUGUUACGAAAGCUUCCGAAUCAUGCAUCGUUUCUCACAGAAAUUAGGGAAGUUGAUGCCUUACUUAUCUCUAGUUCUCUUUCCUGACGACUGACACUAAUGCACGGAUGUUAUAAUCUGUUAUGAGAGUCUCCCAAACGAUACAUUUUGUUUUGUCUUCCAGACAUCAUUUGUAAUACGUCGUGUAAUAUUUACAGAAUACGUUAUACAAUAAUAGCCUUUCAUUUUACAGCUGAGAAAAAGACACUGUCUGAUAGUAAAUAAUGUUUCAGAAAUCAAUAGGAAAGAAUUUUAAUGUAAUGUAUAAAAGGCAUUUCCUGGGCUUUUGAAAGAGACAUACAUAGUCCAUGUGUACAUGUGUACAGAUAUGCUAAAUUCAGGCCAAAUUUUACAACAGACACAAAGGCUACACAGUACAUUGUAUCUUAAAAUCAAACAUAUGCAUGCGUUUCCAGCUGUAGGAUAGUAUUCAAAACAGAACUCUGUUCUUUUUUGUUCUGUAGGCCGGUAAAGUGUCUAUCUGUAUUUCGCUUCUGUGUUCAAGCGUUAUAAUAUGCCUUCCUCUUCGGAUAUAUGCUGAUGGUAACUGUUUCCCUGUUUUCCAGGAAAUAUAUGAACACGCACGCAAGCACAAACAGACAGAUACACACAAUCUCAAACAUACAUCUGUAGGCUCACGCAUGCACACACGCUUGCACACAUAAACACACCAUUAAAUUUGCCUUGAUUUAUCUCCUUUCACACUUAGGAUUUUAAGUGGGAUAUCAAAAGAAAAAACUAUUGUUACCCCUUACAUAAACUAAUAUGACAAAUCGACAAAGUAUUGUGCAAUAACGAGGCAAGCCAGCUGACACCGUAAUCCUACGAAUAUACUUUUUGCGAUACAAUAACAUUAUGUAUUUGCAGAGAAUUUCACUAAAUUGAAUUCCCUCCCCUGCCGCUAAACUCCCUCCAAACGUCGUGGCGCGAUCUCACCAUCACUUACUCCGUCGUCAUGAAGAGUGACAAUAGCUCCUCGCAGAGUGUGAUUGUCUCCAUGGUACACAAGGUGCAGAUGCCAUUCCCAAUCCAUAUUAAUUUAGAAGCAUCCAUAUGAAGCAUUUGCCAAUCCAUCCGCAGCAUUUAUAUCCCAAUCUGAAGCUUUACAAACCCGCUCCCUAUUUAUGUAAAUCACGAACAUCAAGAGGUCAUGCAGUUCUAUAUGUUGCUUUAUGGAAUACCCAUGUAUAUUGAUAACAGUUUAAUUAUUUGAUCUAUUAAACGGGGUAUUGGAUAUGAUGAUAAGUGUUUUGUUCUUAUUUCCCAUCUAAGUCAUGAUAAGUCAAAUAAUGCAAAACACUCAUUUCAUUUAUUUUUAUAAUAAAAGCUAAUUAAAAACGUAAAUACGUAGACAAAACAAUGCAUGGUCAUAGAAACGCACGCAUCAAGUAUCUGGUUCAUUAGUCUCGGUCCUCGAAUACUGUAAUAAGGUCGUCAUAUGGCAACAAUAGACAUGGGAGGGAUUAACAAAAUCAAGAAAGUUUAUUCAGCUCAUGUCAUUAUCCGCUCAUGUAAAAAGGAUAUAAAAACUGCAUUUUGUAUGUUCAUUUGCAUUCAAUAAUUAAGUAAUUUUA